AUGCAAAAAUUCAUCGAUAAAAUUAAGGAGCAAAAUGUACAAGGGAACAAUUCCCCCAAUAAGCUAUUACCGACCAAAAGGAUCCAAUUUAAUAAUAUACUGGAAAAGAAAAAAAUAGAAGAAGACAAAGCAGAGCAUGCCAAACUUUUAAAAGUUGUUAAGGACUACUAUCGCACUAAUCUGAAAAGACGAGCAUUUUCUGCAAUUACAAAUGAUUAUUAUAAAAUGCAGAGCCUUCUCUGCGUUCUUAAAUUAAGUGAUCUUCGGAGAAGGAGGAAACUCGUUUUUCUAUCCUUUCUAAAACAUAAAUGCUCAAGCAAGUUGUCAAAAUGUGUUGCCCAGUCUAUCGCCCGUUUCAUUGACGCAAAACAGAGGAGAAUGGCAAAAUUCCGCUUUUUCCAAAUUAUCAAAAAUAAAUUCUUGGCCACAGAAGGAGCAUACUUAAAAAUAAAAAAAAAAAGAAUUGAUGAAAUUAUGACGAGUACAUUUUACAAAUGGCUUAACUUAACUGCGAAAAAAGUGGAAAACAAAUUUGAAAAGGCACGUCGUUAUCACAUGUUAAGAAAAAAGCAGAGAAUUUUUUAUCUAUGGAAACGAAGGAUAAACGAUGAUAAAUUUUUUAAAAAGGUAGAUAAAAUUUUUCUCAAGUUGGAAACAAUUGUAUCUUCCUGGACAAAAAGUUAA